AUGGCGCUCAGUUUCCUGUUUUUCAUACUUAUAUCAUGUACUGUUUUAUUAUCAUCAAAGGCGAACAAUGAUCAGAGAUCAUACAUUAUCCACAUGGAUGCCUCAGCAAUGCCUGCUCCUUUCUUGAAGUCUGAAAGCUGGCAUGUGGCAAUACUCUCAUCACUUUCAGAACCAGCAACCCACUUAUACUCAUACAAGCAUGUCAUGAAGGGCUUCAGUGCUGUACUCACAUCGACACAGCUUGAGCAGAUCAAGCAAGUUCCUGGGCACAUCGCAAGCUAUCCUGACUCAUAUGGUCAGCUCCUGACCACACACACGCCAAAGUUCCUCGGCCUGACAACAGAAUCUGGUCUCUGGUCAACAUCUAACUAUGGCAGCAGCAUGAUCAUUGGUAUUUUAGACACCGGGAUUUGGCCGGAGAGUCAGAGCUUCAAAGAUGAUGAAAUGCCUCCAGUGCCGAAGAGAUGGAAAGGGAGAUGUGAGACGGGCACUGCAUUCAAUUCUUCACUUUGCAAUCGGAAGCUGAUUGGAGCAAGAUCCUUCAGCAAAGGGCAUAAGCACCAUGGCCUUAAGGUACGAAAAUCCAUUGACUAUGACUCCCCCAGGGACUACUUUGGCCAUGGCACCCACACCUCAUCCACAGCAGCUGGGAGACCAGUUGCCGAUGUGAGCUACUUUGGCUAUGCCAAAGGCGUUGCUACUGGAAUGGCACCCAAGGCCCACAUUGCCAUGUACAAGGUCGUCUUUGCUGAAGACACCGUCCACACUGCAGGCGCAGACAUCCUCGCCGGCAUGAAUCAAGCCAUAGAAGAUGGAGUCGACCUGAUGUCUUUAUCCCUCGGCUUGGGGGUAGCACCCUACUAUCGUGACAUUAUUGCAAAUGGGAGCAUUUGCAGCCAUGGAGAAAGGAAUUUUUGUAGCAUGUGCGGCUGGCAACAGUGGCCCUAA